AUGCGUGAAACUAGGGUUUUUGUUAGGGAAGAGAUGCAACGGCUAGUAGGCGUAUCUCUCUCUCCCUAUGGAUUAGGGAUUGAUUUAAUAAAUGACAUUGUUGCGGCGAAAUCCGAGUGUGUCACGCAGGUGCAUCACGCAGCUGAAGUAUUUACUGACGUUAGAUUUAACAUGAGGAAAGUAACUAAAGGAAAUGUAACUAUAAAACUAUGGGAUCUUGGUGGGCAAAGGAGGUUUAGGAGCAUGUGGGAACGCUACUGUCGUGGUGUGUUUGCAAUUCUGUAUGUAGUUGAUGCAGCAGACAAAGAUAGUGUCCCGAUUUCAAGAACAGAGCUUCAUGAUCUCUUGGAGAAACCUUCUUUAAGUGUCAUUCCUUUGCUUGUUCUUGGCAACAAGAUUGAUAAAUUUGAAGCUCUAACCAAACAGGCUUUGGUUGAUCAGUUGGCUCUUGAUUCAAUCAAAGACAAAGAAAUCUGUUGUUACAUGAUCUCUUGCAAGGAUUCUAUAAACAUAGACGUUGUAAUUAACUGGCUUUCCAAAUCCCCUGCCACAACAUGA